CCACCCACAGGGCUCUUCCUUCUGGAAUCAAGCGCUCACCUGGCGGUCGUUCUUCUGCGCCAUGACCGCCACCUUCACACUCAACUUUCUGCUCAGUGGCGUACGCUCAGACUGGGGUGAGAUGGGUUAUCCGGGCCUGGUGAAUUUUGGCGUCUUCGCAUCCUCUUGCGAAGUGGACUUGCCCUCUGCACGACACCCCCGUCGCAUCAGGGAUACGGCACUGGUCAAAGUACACAAGCCUCCAAACGAGUCUCAAAAGGGAUCCAAGAAAUGCCGGGGGUGA